GAAAAUUGAGCAAACAUGGCGGCGGCGAGUGGGGUGGUGUGCGUGACGGGGGCGGGAGGGUUCGUGGCCUCGUGGGUGGUGAAGCUCCUCCUCAACAAUGGCUACUCGGUCCACGGAACUCUCAGAGACCCAAAUGAUGAGUCAAAGAAUGCCCAUUUGAAGAAAUUGGAGAAUGCUUCAGAAAACCUGCAACUCUUUAAGGCAGACUUACUUGAUCAUAACAGUGUAGCAUCUGCUAUUGCGGGCUGCAAAGGUGUCUUCCAUGUUGCUAGCCCUUUGCCUGCAUCCAAAGUUCCCAAUCCGGAGGAAGAAAUACUGAAGCCUGCUGUGGAUGGCACUCUAAAUGUGUUGAAAGCAUGUGCUGAGGCAAAAGUCAGGCGAGUUGUUGUGGUAUCAUCAUGUGCGGCUGUUCGACCGAACCCAAAUUGGCCAAAGGGUAAGAUCAUGGAUGAGAAUUGUUGGCCAGACAAGGACUACUGCAGAAAUACUGAGAACUGGUAUGCCCUAUCGAAGAUUCUCGCAGAGAGCGCGGCGUUGGAUUUUGGAGAGAAAAAUGGGCUUGAUGUUGUAACUGUUUGCCCAUGUUGGAUUAUGGGGCCUUUGCUGCAAUCCACUGUAAAUGCUAGCACUUCCAUUUUCGUGAAUCUUCUAAAAGGAUCAAGUGAGACGAUACAGAACAAAGCCCCCGACAUUGUGGAUGUUCGAGACGUCGCCAGUGCUCUGCUUCUGGCGUACGAGAAACCUGAGGCGUCAGGACGGUACAUAUGCAUCUCGCACCAUAUAAAAAUGCGUGAUCUGAUAGAUAUGCUAAAGAGGAUGUAUCCCGACUACAGCAACCCUGCAAACAUUGUCGAAGUCGAUGGCGAUGAAAUGAUAACUAGUUCUGAGAAAUUGCAGAAGCUGGGCUGGAAAUUCAGGCCACUGGAGGAGACCCUCAGGGACAGUUUUGAGUGCUAUAAAGCUGCAGGUCUUCUGGAAUAGAAGGAUUUAAAGAGUUCAUCUCUCAAUGAGUCAUAUUCAAAAGUCUCUCUUUCGCAUUUCCCAAAUAAUAUGCAACAAACAAUGUGUGUGACAAAAUAAUGGUUUUGAUUUGUCGUAAAACUUGUUAAAUACUCGGAUUCUUGGUUGCUUUUUAGCUUUUCUACCGUGCGUAUUUGCAGCUGAGGUCAAUUAAAAAGGGGAACAAAACAUUAUACAUGUUGGAGUAAUCUCUUGUGCUCCUAACUUCAUGCUGAGCCAUAUUAGCAUGUGACAUUAUUAUUGCUAGUCGAGUCAAAGACUAAUGUUUUGCUUGAGAUUA